AUGAAGCUCACAUUGACUACACUACUUUCAAUUACGGCUGCUUCAGCUUAUCUGUUGCCAGUGAACAUCCCAAAUUCUCAAGAGAUUUUCUCUCUGAAAAGUCCGAAUGCUAAUGAAGGCGCUUUAUCAAAUGAUAACACUCCUUACAACGAGUUGCCAUUAAUUGAAACUGAAAAAUUACAAGAUUUGAUCACUUUAGAUGCUUUGAAUGAAAGUGCUAUUGAACUUUAUAACAUUGCCACUUCCUCUGUUAAGAAUUAUGGUCAUCCAACAAGGGUUAUCGGUUCUCCUGGUCAUUGGAAAACAAUUGGUUACAUUAUCAAAGAACUUAAAGAAUUAUCAAACUAUUUCACAUUCACUACUCAAGAAUUCAAAGCUUUAGAUGGUAAAGUUUUCAGCUAUUCAUUAUCUGUCAAUGACACCAAAGUUGAACAAGUUAAACCAUUCCAAUUAACUCCAGCUGCUCAUGUCGCUGGUGGUGAAUUAGUCGCUGCAAAAAAUAAUGGUUGUGCUAAAGAAGAUUAUGAAGGUUUAGACCCAAGUAAAAAUCAAGUCGUUUUAGUUCAAAGAGGUGUCUGUCCUUUUGGUGAUAAAUCAAAUAUCGCUGGUGAAUUAGGUGCCAAAGCUGUCUUAAUAUAUGACCAUACUGAUGGUGAAUCAUUAAUUUCUGGUACUUUAGGUGAACCAACUAAUCAUACCAUUGGUACAUUAGGUAUCCAACGUAAUUUUGCCUUAGCUUUGUUAGAAUUAGUUGCAGCAGGUGAAAAGGUCCCAGUUGAUGUUAUAAUUGAUGCUUAUGUUGGUUUAAUUAAAACUAAAAAUGUCAUUGCAGAAACUAUUGAAGGUGAUCAUGAAAAUGUUGUUGCUUUAGGUGCUCACAGUGACUCCGUUGAAGCAGGUCCAGGUAUUAAUGAUGACGGUAGUGGUACCAUCUCUCUUUUAGCUGUUGCCAAACAAUUGACCAAAUUUAAAAUUAAUAAUGCUGUUCGUUUUGCUUGGUGGGCUGCUGAAGAAGAAGGUUUAUUAGGUUCAAAUUAUUAUACUCAAACCUUAUCAGCAGAAGAAAAUCAAAAAAUUAGAUUAUUCAUGGAUUACGAUAUGAUGGCUUCACCAAACUUUGAAUACCAAGUUUAUAAUGGUUCAAAUGCUGUUAAUCCAAAAGGUUCUGAAGAAAUUAAGAAUUUGUAUAUUGACUGGUAUGAAGAACAUGGUAAGAAUUGGACUUUAAUUCCAUUUGAUGGUCGCUCAGAUUAUGUUGGAUUUAUCGAAAAUGGUAUUCCAGGUGGUGGCAUUGCUGCUGGUGCAGAAGGUAAAAACUCACAAAAUGGUAAAGUUUUAGAUCAAUGUUACCAUUUGUUAUGUGAUGAUUUAACUAACUUGAACUGGGAUGCAUUCUUGACCAAUACCAAAUUGAUUGCUCACAGUGUUGCAGUAUAUGCUAAAGAUCUUUCAAACUUUCCAUCUAGAGAAACUUUUGCUGUUACUUCUGAAAGCAGUCUAGGCCAUGAACCAUUUGAAUACAAAGGUUCACAUUUAUUCCUUUAG